UGUUCCCCGCCCCCGCCCCGGCCACCGCUGCCGCCGUCGCCGCUGCCAACGGGCUAUAAAACCGGCCGAGCCUGGAAAGGUGCGGAUGCUCAUUAUAGACCGACGCAACACCAGCGCCUGGUGCCAGGUUCUCCGCUGAGGCUUUUAGGAGCGAGCUCCUCAAAUCGCAUCCACAUUUUCGAGUCCCAGGGAAGGAAAACCCCGCGAAAGCUGCGACGAUUAUCCUUCCCCGGGGCCAUGGACUCGGACGCCAGCCUGGUGUCCAGCCGCCCGUCGUCACCAGAGCCCGAUGACCUUUUUCUGCCGGCCCGGAGUAAGGGCAGCAGCGGCAGCGCCUUCACUGGGGGCACCGUGUCCUCGUCCACGCCGAGCGACUGCCCACCGGAGCUGAGCGCCGAGCUGCGCGGCGCUAUGGGCUCGGCAGGCGUGCAUCCUGGGGACAAGCUAGGAGGCAGUGGCUUCAAGUCAUCCUCGUCCAGCACCUCGUCGUCCACGUCGUCGGCGGCCGCAUCGUCCACCAAGAAGGACAAGAAGCAAAUGACGGAGCCAGAGCUGCAGCAGCUUCGUCUCAAGAUCAACAGCCGCGAGCGCAAGCGCAUGCACGACCUCAACAUCGCCAUGGACGGCCUGCGCGAGGUCAUGCCCUACGCGCACGGCCCUUCGGUGCGCAAGCUCUCCAAGAUCGCCACGCUGUUGCUGGCGCGCAACUACAUCCUCAUGCUCACCAACUCGCUGGAGGAGAUGAAGCGACUGGUGAGCGAGAUCUACGGGGGCCAUCACGCUGGCUUCCACCCGUCGGCCUGCGGCGGCCUGGCGCACUCCGCUCCCCUGCCCGCCGCCACCGCGCACCCCGCAGCCGCAGCGCACGCAGCACAUCACCCCGCGGUGCACCACCCCAUCCUGCCGCCCGCCGCCGCCGCGGCUGCUGCGGCCGCUGCCGCCGCGGCAGUGUCUAGCGCCUCUCUGCCCGGCUCCGGGCUGUCGUCUGUCGGCUCCAUCCGUCCCCCACACGGCCUGCUCAAGUCUCCUUCUGCCGCCGCGGCCGCCCCUCUGGGGGGCGGGGGCGGCGGCAGCGGGGGCAGCGGGGGCUUCCAGCACUGGGGCGGCAUGCCUUGUCCCUGCAGCAUGUGCCAGGUGCCACCGCCGCACCACCACGUGUCGGCCAUGGGCGCCGGCAGCCUGCCGCGCCUCACCUCCGAUGCCAAGUGAGCCGACCGGCGCCGGCGCGUUCUGGCGAGAGGGAAGCCCGGGGGCGCGGGGAAGCGAGGACUGGCCGGCGCUGGGCUCGGGAGCUCUGUCACGGGGAGGGGCGCAGGACCGUGGACUGGGGGUGGGAGAUGGUGGGGACUCCAGCAUCUGGGAACCCAAGCAAUGGGGGCAUGCACAGAGCAGUGGGGAGUGAGGGGGAUGUUCGCUACGGGACCUGAUCGAGCCCUCUCUGGCUUUAAUCUGCGCUGGUCCGGUAGACACCGUUUUGUGAAAAGGUACCGCUAUGUUCGUUCCUCACUCGAACUCCGCCCGACCUCCGGGAGAAGAUUCUAAAAACUGGUUUCCCUGAGAGCCAGUCCUGACUUCCAGACUCGGCCCUGGCCGCACUUCUUGGCGGAGGAGAGUGUUAAGGGAGGAGGACAUGUGGGAACUUGCUCCCCUUCCUCCUUUCUUGGCCUGUGGGAGACUCCUGGUAGUCCCGUCGCAGAAGCAACGGCCUGGCCGCGCCCUGCAGGGUCGUCCCUGGCCCAAGGUCAGGGGCCACAAGUUAGUUAGAAGCCGGCGUUUGGUACCAGAAGCACUUACGGUCAUAUCCAAUCUCAAUAUCUGGGUCAACCCACACCCUCUACGAACUGUGGCUGUUCCUUCCUGUCUCUCGUUGAUUUGGGAGAAUACGGUUUUCUAAUAAAUCUGUGGAUGUUCUUUCUUCAACAGGAUGAUCAAGUUUACAGACAUUCAGAGUAGAACCACUUGUGGAUUGGAAUAACCCCAAACUGCCGAUUUUAAGGGCGGGUGCAUUUUAGUUAUUAUUUUAAAAUCGAAACUACCCCACCUUCUCAUCUUUCCUUCUCUAAGCACAAAGUGAUUUGGUUAUUUUGAUACCUGAGGACUUAACGGAAUUAAAAGGCAGUUGCUGUGAAAACAGCUUGGGUUAUUUGCGGGUUCUGUUGGCUGUUUAAAAGUUUCUUUCUUGGAUGUGUAACUAUAUCAAUGCUGAGGUAAGUGCGCGAUGCUAAGCUGUUUGCUCACGUGACUGCCAGCCCUACCUGAGUCUAAGCCGGCUUUCCUCUGUUUUGGUUUAUUUUUGCCACAUUUAACACAAACGGUAAACUACUCCACGUCUUCCUGCGUUUGCAAACGGCCUCGGCGCUGCCUGCGUUGCACCCUGGGCUUCGUAGCGUCGCGGUGUAACAUUCUUUCUCUGAUCGCGCCGCCCCUCGCAGAGAGUGUAUCAUCUGUUUUAUUUUUGUAAAAACAAAGUGCUAAAUAAUAUUUAUUACUUGUUUGGUUGCAAAAACGAAAUAAGUGACUGAGUGUUGAGAUUUUAAAUAAAAUUUAAAGUGAA